AUGUUUGGUAACUUCAUGAAAGUCAUACAGGGGCACGGAUUCGAAGCCGAGAACUCCUACUUGCAAUCCGCUCUUUGGAUUAAAGGGGAAAAGCUCGGUGGGCGAGGGAGGAGCAGACGGGUGCCCCUCUCGGUUAAUCACGGGCCAGAAUUCUCUAUUCCUCUACUUUCACCCAAGUUCGGGCUCCAAGCCCACCCAGAGCCGGCCGCGCCCUUCCGCGCGGUGACGUCACCGCACAGCUGGCGGGAGCCUGGACGCACCGCCCCUGAAGGGAGAGCCGGAAGCCGGGAGAACCUUGCCCGCUGGGUCCCGGAACCUCGGAAGCCCAACAGUUCGCGCACCUGGGGAAAGGCGGCGGGAGUCAGCGGGCAUGCGCGAGGCUGCCGGACGGCGCAGGCGCACUGCUGGCCUCGCGUUGACUCUGGUGUUGGGGGUUUCGUGGGCUGUCCUGGCUGCCAGGAAAAGGUUCAUGCUAAAUGCACAGUGAUGCUACACAUCUGUUCAGCAAGAGGAUGCUUUCUGGCCACUCAUUUAACAGUUGGAAGCUUAGGUACCUGUGACAAAUAUAUGGGAUGCAGAAUUUAUUUCUGGACUCUGGCCUGCAUGAGAAAGGUCUCUAAAGUGCUGACAGGUUCUGUAUCUCCCUAUCUCCUUCGUGGCCCCAAUAGUGAGAGGAAUAAACAAUCAUAAACCCAAAUCUAGUACGUUCAGUGCCAACAUCCUCCCAAUCUUUAGAAGAAAGAAAGAAAAAAGCCAUGUCAUCUUUGUUUAAAGAAGCUUGGCCCCAGUGAUUUGUUAUGUUUGUGUUUUUACACUGCUUUUAUUGCUAUAACAGCUUGCUCUACCCAAUUUAGAAACUGAUUAACUACUUAUUACCUUGUAUUAGCCUCUAAUUGUUUAAUGGGUGUAAAUUUUAUCUCAUAAGCAAGAUUGUGAGAUUCCCCAGGCAGGGACUGUGUCUCUGUCUUAUAUCCCAGAAUAGUGACUCAAUCGACUUUUUCAAGUGUCUGUAAUUCCCCCACUAAAUCCCCACUACUCAGUACCCUUCCUGGCACAUACUAGACACCCAGUAAAUAUUGAAUGAAUGAAAUGUUGCCUUCUGAAAAUGGGAAUCAAGCCUGUUAUUUUCUUUAAAAUUUCCUGGUCCUCUAGCAUAAUUAUCUGCUUUUGGCAGAUACUCAGCAAAUGUGAAACUUGAUUGCUGUGCCUUUCAGCAGAGGAAAUACAAUCUCCCCAGUGCCCUAUAAAGAAUUGCCACCUAAAAUAUCAUGUCCCCAAGAAGUCAGU